UGAAGAAAUUAAAGAAGAAGAAAGAAAUGGGUCGGAGUCGUCAAUGUGUUCUGAAUGGACUGAAUAAGGGAGCAUGGACUAGUAAUGAGGACAAGAUCCUCACAGAUUAUGUCAGGGUUCAUGGUGAAGGAAAAUGGAGCAAUGUUGCCAAGAAAACAGAUCUUAAGAGAUGUGGAAAGAGCUGCAGGCUCCGGUGGAAGAACUACCUGAAACCUGAUAUAAAGAGAGGCAAUAUUUCCCAUGAUGAAGAAGAAUUGAUCAUUAGACUUCAUAAGCUCUUAGGCAACAGAUGGUCACUCAUAGCGGGGAGGCUUCCUGGCAGAACAGACAAUGAAAUCAAGAAUUAUUGGAACACGACCCUAGCCAGAAGGGCAGAAGACUUUGAAAUGAAAGUUUUUGCUCCAAUUCGCAAAGUUGAUGAGGUGACCCAGACCAUGUGCAAGGCCACAUCUCAGGCCGUCCUUGUCGAUACAGCUGCACAGUCUGACCAAAAUCAGUAUCUUACCCCUGUCUCAAUAGGACCCUUCGCUGAAAACUACAUGUCCAGGAAAAUGGGGUGCGAAUUUAAGGAUGAGUCGCCAAGGAAAAUACAACCAUCCCUUGAAAACCCUUUGUCCAGGAAAAUGGAGUACGAGUUUGAGGAUGAAUCCACAUCUUCCUUGCCCAAAUUAAAAGAUCGAGACAAUGGGACAGAUUUCUUGAUGGACUUUAACUUAGACGACAUUUCUAAGUUUCUGGACACAGACAUUGUACAGAUGAAUGAUGACAAAGUUUGUCUGAACGGGGGAGGAGGAGAAGAUGGUGGAGAUGGAGACUUGUCUUUUCUCAUGAAAUUGGCGGUGGCAGAUAAGGAAUCAUCCUUGGAUUUCCAGUCGUUGGCUUCUUCUUUCCUUGAAUCGGCUGAGGAAUGGCCGCCGAUUAGUCUGAAUAAUAUUAGUAUUCAACUAGGAGAAAUGAACUGUGUUUCUUUGGUACGUGUUUAGAAAAUUAAGAUCCUAGGUGCAUGUCUGAAUUUAACUAUAUACGUUUGUAACUUCAUGAUCUAGUGUUAAUUAAG